GUUCGCGUAAAAGAAAAUACAGAUGGAGAAGGCUAGCCGGCUCGCUGUGUCACAGAGAGUCCCCUUAAGCCUACGUGACAACUCACAUACUGUCCCUUUGUGACCAGCUUAAUCGGCAGAAUGCCCGGUGUCUGUAUGCUUUGUCUCGCUGCCGCGCUGGCUGCAUUUGCCCGACUCGCCGGCACGGUGGGGCCCGUGGUUCGAUGUGAGCCGUGCGACGCCGGUGCGCUGCUGCAGUGCAAGCCGCUGCCGAAAGACUGCGUGGAGCGGGUGAGGGAGCCCGGCUGUGGCUGCUGCAUGACGUGCGGACUCGGCGAGGGAGAAUCGUGUGGAGUGUACACGGCGCGCUGCGGCUCCGGCUUGACCUGUCGGCACCAGCCCGGGGAGAGCAGACCCUUACAAGCUCUCCUGGAGGGACGAGGAGUGUGCUCGGGCCCCGCGUCCAAAAAACUGAGCAGCGUGCUCAAACAAGAAAAUGCUGGAAAUCAAGUAGAAGACUGUGCCAAUGUCACCCAGACAGUGACGGUGUUACCUGGCGUGGUAACUGUGAAGGAUGGGCAAAGUCGGGGCUCGAUGGAAACUAGGCCUCCUUUGCACAACAGAUUAAUCCAGAAGAGUCAGAACAGGAAGACGCAGAGCUACAAGGUGGAAGAACUGUCUGGAGGAGCCAAUAUGGAUGUACACAACUUCUCCCUGGAGAACAAGAGGGAGCAUGAGUAUGGACCAUGUCGGCGGGAGAUGGAGAGCAUCCUUAACAGCUUUAAAAUCAGCAACGUGCUCAACCCGAGAGGCUUCCGCAUACCCAACUGUGACAGAAAGGGCUUCUACAAGAAAAAGCAGUGCCGUCCAUCCAAAGGCAGAAGGCGGGGCUACUGCUGGUGCGUGGACAAAUACGGGCAGCCUCUCCCCGGCUACGAUGGCAGGCAGUGGGGCGAGAAGCAGUGCUACAACCUGGAGAGCAAAUGAGAGGACAGAGGAACAAGAAGUGGAUGGAGAG